CCUACUUUCCACAAUAAAUACUGCCAACCUGUGUGAAGACUUGAUUAACACCUGACAGCAAAUUCAUCCACAUGUUGUUUUUUUCCCUUUGAGAGAGAACCUGUAGUUAAACUUGUGUCCAUUUUAAUCCGUAAAAUCUCAUCUGCUGGUGGCUCAAACUGACGGACUAACAGUGACAGCGACAACAAAGAGACUGCAGCUGCUCAUUGCAGGUUGACUGCGGUGCUGAAAGUGUUGUUGUUUAAUCUGGCUGUACAGGUAACAUUAAGCAGCCAGACAUGACUGGCAUAGCCCCACCUGAGAAAGCGUCAUGCUCCAAGAAGAAGACAGAGAGGAAGUGUGCCACCAAAGAAGAGUACAGGCAGCUGUCCAGUAUCAUGGGAGCCAUGAACAACCUGAGGAAGCAGGGUACCCUGUGUGAUGUGACCCUGGUGGUUCAGGGGAAACACAUUUCUGCCCACAGAGUAGUGCUAGCUGCUGCCAGCCAUUUCUUCAGCCUUAUGUUCACCACCAGAAUGAUGGAGUCGAUGUCCCAUGAGGUUGAACUCAGGAGUGCUGAGCCUGAGAUCAUUGAGCUAUUGAUUGAAUUUAUCUACACAGCCCGUAUUUCAGUGAACAGCAGUAAUGUCCAGUCGUUGCUGGAUGCAGCCAACCAGUACCAGAUUGAGCCGGUAAAGAAAAUGUGUGUGGAGUUCCUCAAAGGACAGAUUGAUGCGACAAACUGCCUGGGAAUCUCAUCCUUGGCAGAUUGUAUGGACUGUCCUGAGCUGAAGGCAGCAGCAGAGGACUUUUUCCAGCUACACUUCACUGAAGUCUACAAAUUGGAUGAGUUCCUGCAACUAGACGUCACACAGCUCACAUAUCUACUGCACCAGGACAAACUCACUGUCCGUGCUGAGGCCCAGAUUUAUGACGCUGCGGUGCGAUGGUUGAAGUACGAUGUGUGUAACAGACAGCAGUAUAUGGUGGAGGUGCUGGAGUGUGUUCGCUUCCCCCUGGUCUCCAAAACCUUCCUGUCCAAGACAGUGCAGGCUGAACCUCUCAUCCAGGAAAACCCACAGUGCCUCAAGAUGGUCAUCAGUGGGAUGCGCUACCACUUACUGUCUCUGGAGGACCGGGAGGACCUUGGUGAAAGCAGCCGCCCACGUCGCAAGAAGCACGAUUACAGAAUCGCUUUGUUUGGAGGCUCCCAGCCACAAUCCUGCCGCUACUUCAACCCAAAGGACUCCAGCUGGACAGACAUCCGCUGCCCCUUUGAGAAGCGCCGGGAUGCCACAGCUGUCUUCUGGGACAAUGUAGUGUACAUCCUGGGUGGUUCACAGCUCUUCCCCAUAAAACGUAUGGACUGCUACAAUGUCCUGAAGGACAGCUGGUACUCCAAGCUGGGUCCUCCCACACCUCGCGACAGCCUGGCUGCCUGUGCUGCCCAGGGCAAGAUCUACACAUCUGGGGGGUCGGAAGUGGGCAGCUCAGCCUUGGACCUUUUUGAGUGCUACGACACCAGGACAGAGUCAUGGCAGGUGAAAAGCAGCAUGCUGAUGGCCCGCUGCAGCCACGGCUCAGUGGAAGCCAAUGGGCUCAUCUAUGUCUGUGGAGGAACAGUGGGCAAUAACGUCUCUGGCAGGGUCCUCAACAACUGUGAGGUCUAUGAUCCCAACACACAACAAUGGAAGGAGCUGUCUGGGAUGAGAGUGGCCAGAAAGAACCACGGGUUGGUGGUGGUCAACAACAGGAUCUAUGCUGUUGGAGGUCAGGGGGCACUGGGUGGACUGGACUCUCUGGAGUACUACGACAUCGCCACUAAUGAAUGGCGUGCUGCCUCGGCAAUGCCAUGGCGAGGUGUUACGGUGAAGUGUGAGGCCGUGGGCGAUACAAUCUAUGUGCUGGCAGGAUUUCAAGGGGUUGGGCGGCUUGGACACGUCCUGGAGUACCACAUCGACACAGACAGGUGGGUGACUUGCAGCAAGGUGCGAGCGUUUCCAGUCACCAGCUGCUUGAUCUGUGUGGUUGACACAUGUGGAGUGAAUGAGGAUGAGGACAUGGACCUCAUAGAAUCUCAGGCACACACUACAGCUGGCGCUUCUUCAUCUGCCACAACCUCAUCAUCUUCAUAG